ACAAAAAGAUACAGACGGCAGGCUACCUUUCUUCCAUUUCUUCUUUUCUUUAUUUCUUAUCAACACUCCGUUGCGGCUUGCUGUUUCUCACGCAGUUCUCAGUAACUAUCUUAUAACUAUUUGGUUCUAAUCUCAGCCUCUUCGUUUCUAACUGGAGGCCAUAUGCUGCCAAGAAAUCACAUACUUAACCAUUUCUCUACUAUUGUUGAAAUUAGUAACUAGCCAAAGCUAACUGCCUAAAGCCUCGUUUCAACCCUCUCAAGACAAAAUUAAUAUGACUAUAGAUGUAUUUGAGCCUGACGCUGAACUUUUGGAGAUCAGUCGAAAGAUGUCGAAUGUUUCCAUUCACAGAAAGCCAACAAGUGAUGGAGACUCCUCAAUAAAACUCGAGUCUCUAUCAACUAUGAAGUAUAUCCUGACUACAACAUGCGAUAAUGAUAAGAUUUAUAAAUCUGCGCGAAAUAUUCGUAAAUAUUUGACACAAGGACAUAGUGACGAAAAGAGCGUAAACGACAUUUUAGAGUUGAAUAUCUUAUCAACCAUUAAAGAACUGCUACAGAAGAGUUUUAGUAAUACUGAUAUUAAGUUUGAGUGCGCAUGGAUCAUAACAAACAUAGCUGCUGGUACGACUGAGCAGACGGAAGCCAUUGUUAAUGCAGGUUUGGUUGAUGCCCUCCUUAACUGUUUGAGAGACUCAUACGCUUCACUUGAUCUGAAAGCUCAAGUGGCAUGGGCUUUGGGAAAUAUAGCAGGCGAAUCUCCACGAUAUCGUGAGGAAUUGAUGAAUAGACAGUUCACACAACUUAUGGUUGAAAUACUCACGGACAUUUUCGAUCAAACAUUUGACGAUUCACUUGAUAAUAUAUCAUACCAUCAGUCCGUUUUUCGCUUCCCUGACGAAGAAUAUUAUGCUAAUGUCGAAUCGUUAUUGUGGGCAUUAUCGAAUAUGUGUCGUGGAGGUUUCUGUGUAGCAGAGCAUUAUAGUAGCUACUUGCCUGUGUUUGAAAUUCUAUCAAAGUACAUCAAAUUUGAUUAUCCAAAGUUCGAAGCAGAAGUUUGUUGGGGUUUGUCGCGUAUUCUAUAUAAUAUGCAUAAUGUUAGGGAAUUCCACCAGCAUAACGAAAUAACACCAGAGUUAUGCGAGCGAUUGGCAAACAUGCUCGAGUAUAAACAACCGAAAGUAAUAGUACCAGCCUUGAGAACGGUGGUUAAUAUCACCUCUGGACCCAACGACUGUAUCUAUGGCUUACUAAAGACAAAUCUAUUGAGCAGUCUCACAAGACUAUUGGAUCCAAUGAUACCAAAUGAAAUUCGCAAAGAUGCCUACCUUAUCAUCGGAAAUCUGGCCGCUGGACCCGAAGAUAUGAUCCGACAUGUCAUUGAACAUAAGCUUGUAUUGAUAAACGUGGUAAACCAUAUAUGUGUCCCUGGACAUAUCUAUAAUGAAGUUUCAUACAGUUGGGAGCCUACCUUAACGCAUGCUUAUUAUCAAAAAAAUGACGAAUGGAAAGUGACCAAAGAAGCAUUAUGGAUUGUUUUCAAUAUCAUUUCUUUGGGAAGUGAUGCCACAGUCUCGCAAUUUAUCCAGGAAUUUCCGACUGUACAUAUCAAACUAGCCGCUUUACUCCAUUACUUUAAUGCACCUUUACAAGUAUGCGAAAAGACAGUAGAGGGGAUCAUCAGUCUCAUUCAGCGCUCUAACAAGUUAGUGGGCGAACAUUUCGAAGGCUGUAAAAACAGAUUCGUUCAAGAACUAAUUGAAGCCGGUGUUCACAAGAUUAUUCCUGCCGUUCAAAACGCACAUCAUCACGACGGUCUAAAAGAUCUUUGUUCAAAAUUGGAUAAUUUGUUAAGGGCAUCUGAAGAGGAUUUAAGCAAAACAUUAACAGAUAUUUGUGGUAUGGCGAGCGCUUUUGGACUUCCUACAAUUAAAGAGAUACAGUCUAAAGGAAAUAAGCGAAGGGUAUUGCGUGGACUCGAAGAUGGGGAUGUUCGACUUAUCGAAAAUGCAGUGGGAAAUCUCUGCAUCUAAACCAACUUUAAAUUAAAACACCCAUUUAACCAUUAUACCGUCAUAAUAUAUAUAUCAUUCAGGAAAACCCAGUGAUAAUUGUUUCUUCAUUGCAGAUUUUACUUAUUUUCUUUCUCUUACAAACAACAAAAUUGCUUUUCUAUUAUACAAUAAAACGAUAGCUUUAAAUCUUUAGGACAGAAAUUAACGUUACAUAGUCUUUAUUGUUCCUCUCCUCCAUCUACGUUCAGAAAUGUUUGUUG